UCUGCACUGUCAUCUGCACUGUCAUCUGCACUGUCAUCUGCACUGUCAUCUGCACUGUCAUCUGCACUGUCGCCGGAAUCGCCCCAGUCCUCGUAACCGCCACGGCCACUGCGGCGAGUUCGCCUCUUCCGUUAGUCUCCGGUUUCUGGGUCGACGUACGUAUGUGCGACGUAACGUUGAACGUUCCAGGCCCGUGGUCGGAUUCGUUUUCUCUUUACAGUCGACGUCGACUCCUCCAGACGCGGGCUAAACUCGGAUCGAUUAAGGCUGGAUUAAAUCGUAAUCGACCCCGACUCCCGUUAUCCUUGGUUCUCCUCGUCGUCGAGGAACGUUCCAUCCGCGAUCGAUCGUACCUCGAGGAUUGAUUUUGCCAUUGAACGCGCGCUCCCUUGGAUUGCUCGGUUUUCCCGUGAAAUCAUAGUCGACGCGACUACGAAAGCUGAUCGGUUCGUCUUUUGAAAUCGUGUUCGAUCGAACGUUGCCGACGCACGGAGAUUCGGUGCAAGUUCCGUUGAAACAGAGGGAAGCGGUUCGGACGCGAGAGAUCGACAACCGCCGAUCAAUAGCGAAUCCGUGCACGCGGUACAGGGUCAGAUUUCUUUUCGUCCACCGUCGAUGAUAUCGUUUUCACAGUUGCACGCUAUUAAUGAUUGUUCAAGCUAUAGGAGUAGCAAAGAGCGCGAGAGCGAGUCGUCUGAUGAACCUCGAGGCUCGAAGAAUCUGAGGAUCGAAGGAAAACACAGUUUGCCGAGUCAUGUUCGCCAAGUCGAGGGCUAGUGGUUCGACGCCGAGCGUUCUCCUUCCGGAUCCUCUGCAGAAUUUGUACGACGUGGGGAAGCAGUCGGCCACUGCGGGUCCCGAAAACGCUUGGCGCAUAUACGAUGGAUACGCGAAAGCGGAUAGAAAGGAAGUCUCGAUAUUUCUGUUCGACAAGAGGUCGGUCGAGAAACUUUACAAGCGCAAGCGGAAAGAGAUGGUUACGGAUAUACUACGGAAAGCUGCGCAAAAGAUGGAACGGUUCUCUCAUCCGAAACUACUUCAGGCGUACAAAGUCGAAGAAUGCGCGGACAGUCUGGCGUUCGCUUCGGAACCUGUUCUCGCCAGCCUCGCGAACGUUCUGGCUUAUCAGGAGCAGCGGGCAAGCAAUCUCGACCAAUCGUCGAGCAAUGUAACGAAACACGGUACUUCGGCUACCGGACAUCGUACGACUUUCGCGAAGGAAUACGAGUUGCUCGAUUUUGAGAUCAAAUACGGACUGUUGCAGAUCACCGAAGCUCUGCUGUUUCUUCACGGGACCGGCAAAGUUCUUCAUAGAAACGUUUGCCCCGCUAGUAUUAUAAUUACGAAGAGGGGCACAUGGAAGCUAUCUGGACUGGAGUUUAUCGGUAAGUUGCGCGCUGUCGUUGUUGCCUUUGCCACUCUGGUUGCUGUU